AUGCUCGGCGUCAGUGCAAUGAUCAUGCAGCAACUGACAGACAUUGAUCUGAUUACGUACUACGCACCAUACAUCUUCAUCAAAUCCGUCGACUUCUCUGAAAGCAUUUCAACCCUCAUGCCCGGCUUCCUAAGGCUAUUUUACUACCUCUCCACCCUGAUCCCCAUCUUCCUAAUCGACAAAUCCCUCGAACACAUCGAUCUCCUCUUCUCGGGCUCCAAAGUGCUGCUCGAUUUGCCAAAGUUGCAGCUGGAGCAGUCGCAGCAGGAAAUCAGCGUUGCGCUGGCGGAACGGCCCAAGGAGUUUGUGGGCGCUGGUGAUGAUCAUGUGAAAUCUGUCUGA